AUGAAGUAUCGUGAUUACACCAAUGAUAGAUUAUUUGGCAACUACUCAUGCGUGGAUAGGUGGGGAGGAGAUGACAAACGCGAAGAGGAUCCCAUCAAAAUCAAAUACAUGCUCUCAAAUUACGGCAGAGACCCAUACACAAAGCAGGGAGAUGUUAUCGUAGGGUUCUACGCAAAUGAACCCAAUGCUUUUUUCUAUACUAAUAAAACAUCAAAAAGACAGCAAAAACGAAAACUGAUUUACAUGAACGUAUCGGAGCAGUGUCAAGUUACAAAAACCUUAAAUAUAGAAGACGGAUCAGGCUGUACGCUGUGGAUGGGCUAUUUUACAGUAGAGAAUAAUCCUCCAAGGCGGUGCGAAAAAGCCUACAAGAACUGCGGUGGCCAAACGAAGCUACAGUACCACAAGAGCUGCAAGCCCGUUUACAGUUGGCAACCACGCGGGUGA